AUUACCGUCGGUGCCUGGAAUCCCCCUCCCACCCCCAUCUGUCUACCAAUGGACAUCAGUCCCGAAACCCUAGCGUCGUGGUUCCUCCAAUCCCUCUCGCCGGAACCCCAUCCGCGCCGCGCGGCCGAGGCCUCCCUCGCCGCGGCCGCUGAUCGCCCCGGCUUCGCCCUAGCUUUGCUCCAACUCGUCGCCGCCCCCGCCGUCGAUGAUCAGAUCCGCCUCGCCGCCGCCGUCCACUUCAAGAACCACCUCCGCUCCCACUGGGCCCCCUCCACAGCCGUAGCCGCCGAGGAGGCCCCCUCCUCCGCCCCUUCUCCACCCCCUAUCCCCGCGCCCGAGAAGGAGCAGAUCAAAUCCCUCCUCGUCUCCCUCAUGCUCGCCGCCCCGCCCCGCGUCCAGCCCCAGCUCUCGGAGGCCCUCGCCGUCGUCAGUGCCCACGACUUCCCACAGUCCUGGCCCUCUCUCCUCCCCGAGCUCGUUGCUUCCCUCCGCAACGCAGCGGCGGCCAACGACUACCGCGCCGUCAAUGGCCUCCUCGGUGCCGCCGCUUCCCUCUUUGCCAAGUUCCGCAUUUCUUUUGACAACAACGCCCUUCGCCUCGACCUCAAGUACUGCCUCGACGGCUUCGCUGCCCCGCUCCUCGAGGUCUUUCUCAAGACCUCCCGGUUCAUCGCCGCUAAUGUUGCUGGCCCUCCUGAGACCCUCCGCCCGCUCUUCGAAUCGCAGCGCCUCUGCUGCGAGAUCUUCCACUCCCUCAACUCCAUCGAGCUACCGGAGUUCUUCGAGGAACACAUGCGCGAGUGGAUGACCGAGUUCCUGGCAUACCUCGGCACUGCCUACUCGCCUGCUGUGGAAUCCGAGGGUACUUUGGACGCUCUCAGGGCCUCUGUGUGCGAGAAUCUCCAGCUCUACAUGGAGAAAAACGAGGAGGAGUUCAAGGAUUACCUCAAUGACUUUGCCUCUACCGUGUGGAAACUGCUGAUGACUCCAGGUUCUUCGCCGUCCCGUGAUCAGCUCACUGUCACGGCCAUCAAGUUCCUGACGACGGUCAGCACCAGCGUCCACCACUCGCUCUUCAGUAGCCCUGAGGUGCUCCAGAGAAUAUGCUCGAGCAUCGUGUUUCCUAACAUCCGGCUUCGUGACGAGGAUGAGGAGCUGUUUGAGAUAAAUUACAUCGAGUAUAUUAGGAGGGAUAUCGAGGGCAGUGAUAUCGACACUAGGAGGAGGAUUGCAUGUGAACUCUUAAAAGGAAUCGCGUUGAAUUACAAGGAACAGGUUACUGCAUUGGUGUCAUUGCAGAUACAGGAGAUGCUGAAGGUCUAUGCAGCCAACCCGGGCGAGAACUGGAAGGAGAAGGACAGUGCAAUAUAUCUUGUGGUUGCACUUUCUCCAAAGGCAGGCAGCAGUAGUGGGUACCUUGUGGAUGUGGAGAGCUUCUUCACGUCAGUCAUUGUUCCUGAGCUGCAGGAGCAGGAUGUGAAUUCUGCCCCAAUGCUGAAAGCAGGUGCACUGAAGUUCUUUACAGUUUUUCGAGACCAAAUUCCUAAGCAAGCAGUUAUGACUCUGCUACCCCAUUUGGCAAGGUUCCUAAUGUCUGAAUCAAAUGUGGUCCAUUCAUAUGCGGCAAACUGUAUCGAGAAGCUGUUGCUGGUGAAGGAUAGGAUAACAGUGGUUGGGUCAAAUGUGGUCACUUUGACUCCUCGAUAUGGUUCCUUGGACAUCAAUCCUUUCCUGCCGCAGCUGAUGACCAAUCUCUUCAAUGCAUUACAGUUCUCUGAGUCACAGGAGAAUCCAUAUAUCAUGAAGUGCAUCAUGAGAGUUCUUGGUGUUGGCAACGUCAAUAGUGAGGUUGCUGCACAUUGCAUCAGUCGCCUGGCAUUUGUGCUUUCAGAGAUAUGCAAGAACCCGAGGAACCCAACCUUCAACCACUACCUGUUUGAGUCAAUUGCUGCACUGAUUGGCAGGUCAUGCGAGAACGACCAGGCACUCAUCCCAGUGUUUGAGGCAAGCCUGUUCCCAGUCCUUCAGAAAAUUUUAGUCGAUGAUGUGACUGAGUUCUGGCCAUAUGCCUUCCAAAUAUUUGCUCAGCUUGUUGAGAUGAGUAAGCCACCUCUUUCUAAUAGUUAUAUGCUUCUAUUCCAUGUUCUUCUCUCACCAGAAUCUUGGAAGAGGCAAGGAAAUGUCCCUGCAUUGGUUCGGUUGUUGCAGGCAUACCUGCAGAAGGUUCCCAAUGAGCUCAAGAAUGAGGGGAGAUUGCAUCAGGUCAUACAGAUUUCUAUGAGUCUUCUUCCUGCUUCUAAAACGGAAGAACUGGGAUUUUAUGUGCUGAAUACUGUGGUGGAGAAUCUCAGCUUUGACAUUGUAGGACCUUACUUCAGAGAUAUAUGGAGUACUAUUUUCACUCGUCUGCAGAGUAGGCGUGCAGUGAAGUUUGUAAAUUCUCUUGUAAUAUUCAUGUCAUUGAUUUUGAUCAAGCACGGUCCAAGUAUUCUAGUGGAUUCUGUAGAUGCCCUCCAGAAGGGUUUAUUCAUGCAGAUCCUUCAGCCAUUUUGGAUUCCAAAUCUGAAGCUGAUUUCAGGAGCCAUUGAGAUGAAGCUGGCCUCAGUGGCUGCCACGAGGCUUAUUUGUGAGUCCCCAGUCCUUCUAGAUCCCUCAUCCAGUGAGUUAUGGGGGAAGAUGCUUGAUAGUAUCAUCACCUUGCUGGCUCAACCAAAUGAAUACAAAGGGGAACAAGAAAACAAUGAACCAGAUAUUCCUGAAACAUUGGGUUAUACCGCAGCCUUCGCUCGUCUUCAUUAUGGGGGAAAGAAGGAAGAAGACCCUCUAAAAGAGAUAAGGGAUCCAAAGGAGUUUUUGGUGACAUCAUUGUCUAGACUUUCGGCAAGAUCUCCUGGUAGGUACAGAAUGGUGAUUGAGAAGUGUGUGGAUCCGGCUAAUCAAGCUGCACUACUCCAGCUCUGUACCACUUUCAAUUGUGCAAUUGUCUAGGAAUUGAAGAAAUUGCAGGCAGCGAAAUGAGUCUAAAUUUCUGGCAUGGGAUAUCGCACAAAUAAGCAUUUGUGAAGUCGGUGGUAUCGGUAUCGAUCAAGGAGAUUGCUGAGUUUUGGUGGAUCAGGGUGCAUCUUUGGGUUUUGAUUACUGAUGUUGCCUGAGAAAAGUUAAUUGUUUGUUGGAAAGCUUGUUUAUGUCUUGAACUUGUGAAAACGGUGUCUAAUUGAGAUGAUGAUGCAUGGUUUUCCUCUCUAGGGGUUUUGGCAGUGUUCUUCUGAGUAAACACCUAUGGGCUUUAUACUGGUUAAAUAUGGGCAAAGAUUGUUGCUGGUGUUGGUGAUACCAGUAAAUUUUGUUUUUCCUGCUAUUUUCAUUUAUCAAGAGAGAGCAUAAAUUUCUAGGCA